GCCGAUUUUCUGAAUCUCUCUUCUUUGUUCCCUUUCCUGUAGGUUUUUUGCUCUGUAUCUUGCGCACUCCACCCGUCGUAGACUUGAUUUUGAUGAGAUUUGAUUGCGGGUGCAGUUUUUCCAAAGAUUGAAAGGGGGGAGAUUUUGAUUUGCGCUGCAAUCCAGUUUACGCGCGGUGCUCUCUUCGUUUUUGGUGGUUUCUUAAUUGUUCUCUCUCUCUUUUGUUUUUGCGUUAUGCGAAGUGAUUUUGAUUUCUUGGCUCGUUUUGAGGCCUCGGAGUUGGGUAAAAUCUUCUGCUUUGGCAUGCAUUUUUGUAGGGUUUUAGGUGCUGCCAGAUUUGGUUUUGAAGUUUUAGGAGUAUUUACUAGCCACAUUUUGAUCUUUGAUGUGUUCGUUUGAUGCAAAGAUUUGUCUUAGAAAAGGGUAGGAUAGGGUUUGUACUUUUUACGUUUGCUAAAAAAAAAAACUUUGAUAUUACCGUGCUUUGCAGCAAGCAUAUAUUAUUUUUCUCUUGGUUUCUGGAAUCGUACUCAAUGCCUUGUUGGAUUUUGUGUUCCUUGGUAUCUUUGUUUUGAAGUGUUCAUUAAGUUAUAGACAUUGUAUAUUACAGUGGAAAAUCGGAUCCUGUGCAUUGCUCACAUUUUGACUUCAGUGAUCCAAACCAUGCUUUUUGAUGGUGGCUGGUAGACCAAGUGAUCACUAUUGAUGCUUUGAUUGUCUGAUGACCGGUGGUUGCAAGAUGGAUCUCCAAGAGUUGACUCUGGAGGCACAAGUUUGAAUGCCCUGGUUCGAUGUCAUUGCACUCCGGUGAUCAGGUCACAUGUUUGAUUUCCACUUUGGUGGCUUGAGAGCAUACUCUAGUUGUCUGAAUCAAGUUCUCUGAAAGAGAGACCGGAGAUGAGAGAGGAGGGAGGAAUUGCUUCUCCGGGCGAAAAGCCUAUUCCGAAUGGUGCUUCCCCAAAUCAUAGCCAAUCACCUAAAAUUUGCUCAAGAAUUACAGAUAAUGAGACUCAAGGAACUGCAACAGCAAAAUCUUUAAAUGAAAAGCUAGUGUUGGAAACUGUGUCAGAUGAUUCUUCCACACAGCAUUGUCAGUCACCACAGCCAGAUGUCUUCACAAAUGUCAAAGAUGAAGAUAUGCAAGAUUCUGUGAAGAGUUUGAGUGAGAAGCUUGCUUCAGCCCUUUUGACUAUCAAUGCUAAAGAUGACUUGGUGAAGCAGCAUACAAAGGUUGCAGAAGAGGCUGUUGCAGGUUGGGAACAAGCUGAAGCUGAAGUUAGUACCCUGAAGAGGUUACUCGAAGCUUCAACUCAGAAGAAUGCCUCUUUGGAUGAUCAAGUGAACCACCUAGAUGAUGCUCUCAAAGAAUGUGUCAGGCAGCUUCGCCAAGCUAGGGAAGAACAAGAGGAGAAAAUUCGUGAUGCAGUUGCUAAGAAGACUCAAGAAUUGGAUUCUCACAAGUCUGAGCUCCAGAACCAUAUUUAUGAGCUAAAGCAGCAGCUGGAAGCCGCUAAAUUAGAAGCUGCCACUGUGGCUGUCCAGCAUGAUCUGCAGGAUAAACUUCAGGCUGCAGAGAAGGAAAACAAGGGCCUGAAGAUCGAGCUGCUCACGCUAGCCAAGGACUUGAAGAGACUGUCACUGGAAAGAGAUCUGAGCAAUGAAGCAGCAGAGACAGCAAGUAAACAACAUUUGGAAAGUGUGAAAAAGAUUGCAAGGGUUGAGGCAGAAUGCCGUAAGCUGCGCCAUCUGACACGAAGAACUUCCUUGGCCAAUGAUUCUAGGCCUGCGCCUAACAAUGCUUGCAUGGAAUCUCUCACUGAUAGCCAGUCUGACAGUGGGGAGCGUAUGCUGACUGUUGACAGUGAAAUGAGAAAUUCUGAUUCAUGGGCCUCGGCUCUGAUAGCCGAACUUGAUCAGUUCAAGAACAGUAGUGCCAGCUCAAGAGAUGUUGUAAACAAUCAUGUUGAGAUUGACCUGAUGGAUGAUUUCCUUGAGAUGGAAAAGCUGGCUGCAUUGUCUGAAGUAGAACGUGUAAGCUCUAGCUUUGGAACAGAAACUGAUUCUGACCAGGCUGUGGCUAUAGAUAAAGCUUCAAAAGUCGAAACUGAAACACUAAAGAGCCAGGUCACAGAUUUGCAGGCAAAGGUUGAAAAGCUUGAGACUGAGAAAAGGGAUCUUGAAAUGGCCCUUGCAGAGGCUAGAGUCCAGCUUGACGCGUCGUGUGAUGCCCUGAUGGCAGCCAACAACAAGUUGGCAGAAUUACAAAUGCAGUUCAACUUGGCAAAUGAGUCUAAAAUUGCUGCUUUGGGACAAGCUGAUCAGUUAGAUGCUGAGAGAGGAUCUUUGGCAUUGCAGCUUGAGUCGAAGUCAAUAGAAGUUGAGAAACUUCAGGCAGUUGUGGCUUCGUUGGAAGAAAGUACAGAUAAGAAAGAGCUGGAGUCACAGUUAGAGUCAACUUCUGUAGAGUUAGCGGAUCUUUGCAAGACAGUGGCAUCCUUGCAAGAGCAGAUUGAUGCCGAGAGAACUCUGUCUUUGCAGCACAAAGCAUAUGCAGACAUGGCAGAUGCAGAUAAAAAGUCACUAGAGGCACAACUGCAGUCCGCACAUGCGGAUAUCGGGAAACUGAGGGGAUCUAUUGAAACACUGGAGAGCGAGUUGCAAAAAGAGAAAACCAUGUAUGAAGAACUUGUGGUCCAAAUGGAGUCAAUGAAGAUUGAAUCAGAGAAAAAACUUGGCGUGGAAUCUGCCAAAGAAGCAUUGGAGGCACGGCUCCUGGUAGUGAACUCAGAAAUUGCGAAACUGCAUGGAACAGUGAACGAUCUGGAGUGCGAUGCAGCAAAGGAGAAGGCAUUUUCUUCGGAACUGAAGAUGCAACUAGAGGCAGUGGAAGGCAUCCGAAAGAUGUUGGAGUCUGAGCUUGAGAGUUCACACCAGGAAACCAUGAAGCUCCAGGAGAAGAUCUCAUUGUUGGAAGUAAGACUUAAGGACCAGACUGCAUUGUUGGUAGAAUUCACUGCCAAGGCCGAGGAUGCAGCGGUGGGAAGGAAGGCAAUGGAAGGCCAACUUGAAGGAGCUAAACUGGAAAUCACAAAACUUACAAAUAGGGUAAGCUUGCUGCAAGGUAAGAUUGAGCAGGAGAAGCUGCUGUCAGAGGAGUACGAAGCAAAAUGCCGCAAGUUAGAGGCUCAGCUGUCAAGAGACAGUCGGGAGGCAAGGCUUUGGCGACUGGCCAACACAAAUGGUGACCUGAAGGUCAAGCAGGAUAAAGAGCUCUCCAGUGCUGCUGGAAAACUCGUGGAGUGCCAGAAGACGAUUGCGAACCUCGGUCGUCAGCUAAAAUCGCUGACCGAUCUCGACAGUGUAACAGCCGAGCCUGAAAAGCUAGAGUCUGGGGAUGCACUUCUGGACUUUAGAGAACCCGAUGUUGAGGUGCCACCAGCAGGCUUUGCAAAUGGCCUGUACGAUUUGGAUCUUCCAAAGAGCAAUGGGAGCUGCCUGUCACCCAUUCCUCGUGUUCAGUCGUCUUCCACACAUUCGCAAACGUCAGUGUUCUCUGGCGGUUAUCGUCGCUUGGUAGCUACAGGAACAAAACAAGAAAGUGAAAUCUGAUGAAAAAGAUUUGUGCAUAAACUUAUUUAACAGUUCGUGGAUGUUUGUCAGUUGUCACCUGAUGCUUAGAUCAGUGUACAUUUACAGGAAAAUGAUGGUUACUUGUGCUUGUUCCGCCUGAUGA